CGCGGAGCCGGGAGGCGGCGGGAGCCGGGAGGCGGCGGGAAGGCGUCUGAGUGCGGGGCCGCUGCAGCAGCUUUCUGGCACGGCUGGGCAUUCCGAUUGCAAAAGGAGGAUCGGGAGAAGAAAUUUCUAAAGAUCGCCUGCAGAAUUAGAAGAACUGUAUCGGAGACUUCUUGCUUCUUUAAAGCUCUUCGCUCUCAAGUUCUGGAGUUACUUCUUUUCCCCUGUGAGGAUAAUGUCUCUUUCAUCACCCAAGAUACAUGUAACUGAAAGGGAGCUGCCAAGGUUGCAUUUUGGUUUCUUUGCUCCCUUACUAAUUGGAUUUUUCCCAUCUUCUUCAGAAGGAUUAUAGAAGGAUUGCAGAAGCUGUGUUUUUGGGAGUGUGGGAGGAAGUUGUUGUUUUUCUUGUCUUGGGUCUGGGACCUCCUUGAUUUGCCAUUUGUUCUCUGAAGUUACUGCCUGUUUGGAAAAGGGAGAAGCAGCAUAACAUGAACUUGAACAACUGUGGAUUCCUUCCCUUUGCAAAUGUUCUAUGUGGCUGCUUUUAAAGGAGGUUUUUGCAUGAAUAAGCAGGAAAUGAAGAAUAACAUCCCAGGCUGGAUUUAAAAGAAGCAUACUCCUUGAGUCCUGGCAAAAGGAUAAAUACUGUUUAAACUAUAGUUUAAGGAAGACUGGUUGUUGUUACAGUUGAAAAUUUUUUGAAAGGAAGCAUCUGAUCAAGUCAAAUAUUCUGCCAGCCUAAACCUGCAUUUUCUACAGCUGAAACUGGAAGAUGUCUUGGAAAAGAAAUUACUUUUCUGUGGGUCGGGGGAAUGUACAGGGCAUGUUUACUCCACGAAAUACCACCUCAAUAGCACCCAGUAAAGGUCUCAGCAAUGAACCAGGACAGAACAGUUGCUUCCUGAAUAGUGCACUACAGGUUCUCUGGCACCUGGACAUUUUUCGCCGCAGUUUCCGGCAGAUCACAACGCACAAAUGUAUGGGUGAUUCUUGCAUCUUCUGUGCUCUUAAGGGUAUAUUCAACCAGUUCCAGUGUAGCAGUGAGAAGGUACUGCCUUCUGAUGCCCUGCGCACUGCUCUUGCAAAGACGUUUCAGGAUGAGCAACGCUUCCAGCUGGGCAUCAUGGAUGAUGCUGCUGAAUGUUUUGAAAACCUGUUAAUGCGAAUUCACUUCCACAUUGCAGAUGAGACAAAGGAAGAUAUUUGCACUGCACCGCAUUGUGUUUCCCACCAGAAAUUUGCAAUGACUUUAUUUGAGCAGUGUGUUUGUACUAGUUGUGGUGCCACCUCUGACCCGUUACCUUUCAUCCAGAUGGUACAUUACAUUUCCACAACCUCACUUUGCAAUCAAGCUAUUUGUAUGCUGGAGAGGCGGGAAAAACCAACUCCAGAUAUGUUUGGAGAGCUCCUGCAGAAUGCCAGCACUAUGGGGGACCUGCGAAACUGUCCAAGUAACUGUGGCGAGAAGAUCCGUAUUCGUCGUGUGCUGAUGAACUCACCACAAAUCAUCACCAUUGGCUUGGUUUGGGACUCGGACCAUUCUGAUCUGGCUGAGGAUGUGAUUCACAGUCUGGGAACAUGCCUUAAACUGGGAGAUCUCUUCUUCAGAGUAACUGAUGACAGAGCAAAACACUCAGAGUUGUAUUUGGUGGGAAUGAUCUGUUACUAUGGAAAACACUAUUCAACCUUCUUCUUCCAAACUAAAAUUCGCAAGUGGAUGUACUUUGAUGAUGCUCAUGUCAAAGAGAUUGGUCCAAAAUGGAAAGAUGUUGUGACAAAGUGCAUUAAGGGUCACUAUCAGCCUUUGCUGCUGCUCUAUGCAGAUCCAAGAGGAACCCCAGUGUCAACGCAAGAUUUGCCCCCUCAGGUGGAUUUACAGCAAUAUAGCAGGACUUGCUAUGACAGCGAAGAUUCAGGGAGAGAACCUUCCAUCUCGAGUGAUACCCGGACAGAUUCCUCUACAGACAGCUAUGCUUAUAAACAGGCACACCAUGAGUCUGUGGUCAGUCACUUCUCCUCUGACUCUCAGGGGACAGUCAUCUACAAUGUGGAGAAUGAUGCAGCUUCACAAAGCAGCAGAGACACAGGCCACCUGACUGACAGUGAGUGCAAUCAGAGGCAUGUUUCAAAGAAGGGCUCGCUGGCAGACCGCAAGAGGAGUUCUAGCCGGUCUAGGCGGAAAGGAGAUGAGGCUCAGUCAUCAGGAUACCAUAGUGAAGGAGAAACCUUGAAGGAGAAACAAGCCCCCAGAACUGCCCCCAAACCAUCCAGCAGCACCAGCAGGCUGAAGGAAUUUAAAGAGACAGUGAGCAAUAUGAUCCACAGCAGACCACAGCAGAUUUCCCAAACCAUCCAGAAUUCGCCUCGCGGAGGGAAUAGUGUGGAUCAGGCAGAAACACGACCAUCAAAAAGCCUGUCUGCACACGCUCGAGACUGGGAAGUGGAGAGUACCAGUAGUGAGUCUAAAUCCAGUUCGUCUAGCAGAUACCGGCCAACAUGGAGACCCAAAAGAGAGGCUCUGAAUAUAGACAGCAUCUUCAGUAAAGACAAGAGGAAACAUUGUGGCUACACUCAGCUUAGCCCUUUCUCUGAAGAAGCAGGUAAAGAACUUUCUGAGAAUGAGGUGAAGGAACACAGUGUUCAUGAAACAAGGUCAAGCCAGUCAAAUGUCAGAUACAAGCGUGGUGUGCUGGGCCGGGGCACCCAGCACCAUAUGGCAGAUCAACAUCCUCAUCUAAUACAGAGGAUGGAGUCUGGCUACGAAAGCAGCGAGCGCAACAGCAACAGCCCAGUUAGUCUGGACAUGCCCUUGUCUGAAAGCUCAAGCACCCACAGGGAUGUUCAUAUGAAGCGAGCAGGUGGAUUUGUUCCCGCUUGGCGUAACAUCCCAAAGUCGCACAGUAGCAGCAUUUUGGAAGUGGAGUCGGCUUCAUCAAUUGGGAGCUGGACAAACAGCCCACACACCAUGGGAAAUGGUGGAGACAUCUUUGUUCCUUUAAAGAGUGAGCUGGAUGAAUUACAAGAAGAGGUGGCAAGGAGAGCACAUGAGCAAGAACUGCGCAGAAAAAGAGAAAAGGAAAUGGAGGCAGCAAUGGGCUUUAAUCCCCGUCCCAGCAGGUUCAUGGAUCUAGAUGAACUGCAGAAUCAGGGGAGGAGUGAAGGCUUUGAGAAGUCGAUGCAGGAGGCAGACUCAAUCUUUGAAGAGUCGCUGAAUCAGGAGCAGAAGGGGGAUUGUGCUGCAGCUUUGGCUCUCUGUAAUGAAGCUAUAUUGAACAGACUGGCCCGCUCCAAGUACUGCUGAGCCAGGAGGUACCACUGGAACCCAACAAAGAAGUGGAAUUUGGGUCCAGUUCUUUCUUCCACCCACCUGCUUCCUGCCAUGAA